UCUUUUAAUUUGUUGCAGAAGAGAACAACAAAAAGACACCGGCGACAUGUCGAGUUCAUCGGUUUUGUCAUUACUACGACUUUCAUCAAGAAAUUGGACGCGAAAAUUAUAUCAAAGACUUGCAGCAAAUAUUAACUGUGGAUCUGUGUGUGAGAGGAGUGUACAGGGACCACCCUUCAGGUAUCCAUUAACCAGCCGCCACGCCCACUCUGUUACUGUUUGUUCGGCUGGCAUUGGUCAUCACAGGAACUUUUGCACAAGCAGUUUAUCCGAGAAUAAAUAUGAGGCCCUAGCAGACGAAACCCUCGAGCGCCUGUCCGAGAAGUUUGAUGAUAUAGCAGAAACUGUAGAAUGUGACGCAGAAUAUGAUGUUUCUUAUGGAAGUGGAGUUUUGACAGUAAAAAUCAGUGGAGAUUGGGGGACCUAUGUGAUAAAUAAACAGACUCCUAACAAACAAAUAUGGCUCUCUUCUCCUGUAAGUGGGCCAAAACGGUAUGAUUACAUAAAUGGACGAUGGAUAUACAAGCAUGAUGGUGUGGCAAUGCUGGACCUGCUGACACAGGAAUUGUCCGAGGCCCUCUCUACACCCUUAGACUUUACACAGUGUGAACUGGAGGAUACAUGAUGCCUGUGUGGUUCAUUAGCCUUGAUAGUAUAUAUCAUUUCACGAGUAAUAGAAUUUGUUUUGUUUGUUUUCUGUUGAAAGUCCAAAGUACAUAACAAAGGUACUGAAUAUUGUUUUACACAUUUUUAUUACAAAGAUUUAUUGCAAUUCAUCUGAGUAUUACACAAGGUGCGACAUGCUCUCUGUAUCACAUACAAUAUACAGCAUAAUUGAUCUGGCAAAAAAUCCUAUUAAUGAUGAAAUUCUUAAUUAUAAAUU